AUGCCCCGCUCGAAGAGGUCUAAGACAGUGGUCCUUGCAAAAGUGGAGAAGAAAACACGAGAGGCCAAGCAGGAGAUUAUCAAGCAGAUUAGGGAGGCAUUCGACACAUACGACACCGUCUAUGUGAUUGACUCUCAUAACAUGACUAGCUCGUCAUGGCAGCAGCUUCGCACGAGCAUGAAGGGGUAUGCGCGUAUUUUUAUGGGUAAGAAUCAGCUUAUGCGAUAUGCCCUCGGUAAAACUGAGGAGGAGAGCUAUCGGACUAAGACGUGGCAGCUGGGACGCCUCCUCAAAGGCAUGACCGGCCUUCUCUUCACUAGCGCGCCGGAGGAGAAGGUGCGGUCAGCCCUUGCGUCUGUUGCGCGGCCUUGUUUGGCCAGGGGCGGGGACGUUGCCACCAAAACGAUCGUAAUCCCACAGGGCCCUCUGGAUAGAGACAAGUAUUCAUUUGCGUUAGAGCCAGAACUGCGUAAGCUUGGACUACCAACGAGUCUGCAGAACACAGUCAUCCAUGUCCUCUGCGACCAUGUGCUGUGCAAGGAGGGCGAUGUUUUGACAUCUGCUCAGGCAAGACUUCUGAAGCAUUUCGAUCAUGUGUUGUCAGAGUCUAGUGUCACGCUCCGGGGCGUCUGGCACAAGGAAACAGAGGAUCUUGACGUCCUAGACCCCAACUGUCUCUACCUUCUGGACACGGCUCCUGCAGAAGAGGAUGAGCAGAGCGAUUGA